CGGCCGCCAUUUUGGGAGUCAAAACAUCCCCCCCUCCAGCAAAACAGCAGCGCCCACGUCCACGCGUCUCCGUGGCCUUACUAUGGUUCACACCUGUGUGGUGGCAGGCUGCAGGAACCGACGGACACCGGGGACCACGUUAUCCUUCUACCGCUUCCCACGGGACCCGGAGAGGAAGCAGCGCUGGAUAGAAGCCGUGAACCGAGAGGGCUGGGUGCCCAACGACGGCAGUCGGCUGUGUAGCACUCACUUCAUCUCAGGUAAACAGGUGAAAAAUCCCCGUUCACCAGAUUAUGUUCCUUCUGUGUUCACGACAGCUCCCCUGUCCCCGGAGAUGAAGGAGCCCGGUGCCUUCGAGGUCCUGGACAAGCAGGAGGCGCGCGUGGAGGCGGCCAACGCCCUGUUGUUCCUCCAGGGUCAGGGCAGGUCCUCGGCGGACGCCCAGAACCAGGCGCCGCCUCCCGAGGAGAAGGAGCCGGAGCCGGAGCCCAUCGCGGAGGAAAGCGCCUCGUCCUCCGUCAGCGACGAGGACGAGGACGACGACGAAGAGUCCGUGUGCGACAGCAAGAAGGGACGGUUUGCUCAGACGUCCGACGCCCCGGUGAACUUCGACGACGUCCUGAAGGCGCUGAGGAAGGAGAACCAGACCCUCAGGGAGUCUGUGGAGAAGAUGUCGCUCUCGGAGAACUCCUUAAGGAACGACGCGGAGAAAGUGAAGUUUUACACUGGCCUGCCCAACUACUUCGUCCUGGAGACGGUCAUGUGGCUGCUGGCGCCCCACAUGGACGCCAUGAAGAACCUGCGGCUCUCCAAGUUCCAGCAGCUGCUGCUGACGCUGAUGCGCCUCCGCCUGGACCUCCGCAACCAGGACCUGGCCUACCGCUUCGGCGUGAAGGUCGCCACGGUGACCAGGACGGUGCACCGGAUGGUCAACAUCAUGUCCUCCACGCUGGUGCCGACGGCCGUCUUCUGGCCGUCCCGGGCCGAGCUCAGGAAGAACCUGCCGGCCGCCCUGCGCGCCUCCCACCCGGACUGCGCCGUCAUCAUAGACUGCUUCACGGUGCCCUUCGAGGAGCCGGUCUCCAGGGGCAACCAGCAGCAGCAGCAGCAGCAGCAGAGGACGCCGCCGUCGCCGCCGAGCUCUCAGGCCGCGGGGGCGAGCCCCAACGUGCUGAAGUACCUGAUCGGCGUCGCCCCGCAGGGGGUCGUCACCUUCGUCUCCAGGGGGGUGCUGGGAAACGUCAGCGACAAGAGCCUGGCCGAGGGCUGCGGCUUCCUGUGCAAGCUGCUGCCGGGCGACGUGGUGCUGGCGAGCCGCGACCUGGACAUCGGUGAGUCGGUGGCCGCCCGCGGCGCCCUGUUCAACGUCGCGGGGCCGAGGGCGGAGGGCCCGCCGCCGGCCGACGUCGCCUCCUCCUCCUCCUCCUCCGAGGCGGCGGCGAGCGUGCAGAGGCACGUGGAGAGGGUCAUCUCCAUGGUGAAGCGGAGGUACGCCAUGCUCACGGGCCCCGUCGAGAGCCCCUUCACCACGGCCUCCGAGCGCACGUCGAACCUUUCCACCUUUGACAAGAUUGUACAAGUCGCCUGUGCCUUAAACAACCUGUGCAUCUCUGCUGCUCCACUAGAGUGAUUCACACGGUGCUUCUUAAUGAUUCCCUUUACUGCUCCGGACGUUUCUUUUUUUGUUUUUUUUCCACUAUAUCCAUGUGUCAACACUACGUUAUUACUACUCCCUGUUAUCUGAGUCGCUUUGUACUUGGUGGUAGGAGCACACUUUGCUGAGAUGUAGUGUCAUUAAGUAUGCAACUGGCAGAGGAUUUUAUUUUUUUAUUUAAUCUUCUGGUGAUCUCUGUUUUAAAUGUCUCCUCGUCGGCCUUUUUUUCUAAGCGCUGACGAGUUUAAAGUGUGAGCGUCGUGGGCAGCAGGUUCCUAUCGAUCCAGUUUUUUUUUUCCUGACGUUACAGCAGCUGAAUUAACUGAUUGCGGGUUUGUCAGUUGAUCCGGUUUUUUGUUGCUUACCCAGUGGAAAAAAAAAAUAAAAAAUAAAAUAAAAAUAAGAGUGUGCACGGCGCGAAGAUGUAUGAAGCUGAUUAAAAUGAGAAGAGUAGCAUGUUUUGACUGAGUUCACCGUGCAGGGACAGAAACGCUCUGUGGCUUUAGCAGGAGUCGGAGGGAUUACUGCGUCUAAACUUGCCUUUCUUGGCACACGUCUUCGCCAGCCAGGUAGAUUUUUCAGCAGAUAGAAAAGAGACGCCGCUCUGACAAACCUAUUUUUGGUUUUAAUUUAUCUGCUGCGCCCUCGUAGGAGCACACCUCAUUUCCAGCAUUUCUUCGUCGACUGCACAUUUCGCGAUCUGCUGGUACCGAGGAAUUUUUUUUUAUUUAUUUAAUUUUUUUUUUUUUAUACCAACUCAGCAGCCCUUCCUGCAGAAACUUGAACUCCAGUCUGGGCUGUAUGAUUUAACAAUGAUGUCAAUAUUAACCCUAUAAAUAUACAUAUACAUAUAUGUAUGAAAAAAGUUGGUGCACUUUUUUUAAAGUCAGUGUUUUCCCAGAAAUAUUAAAUAUAAAAAGCUUUCUGAGAGGUUUUGCUGCUGAGGAAGGAAAUAAGUGUGUUUUUCUUCCCUAUAGCUGCAGCUUUACUGACGAUUCAUUAUACGCCGACCAGCCACAACAUUAUGACCACCGACAGGGGAAGCGAAUAACAUUUAAACCAUCUUGUGACAAUUAAAUGUUCUACAGGGAAACUCAAAAAGAACAUCAGAAGAUGUUGACCUGACGUCCAAAUUCACUAAAUCAAGUAUCUGUGGGAUGAUCCACAGAGCCCCCCCCUCCCCUGGAAGCCCCUGGAAGAUGGUCAUAAUGUUAUGCCUGAUCGUGUAUAUGCAACCAAAAUCAUAAAGGAUCAUAACAAGUGAAUGAAAGAGGUGUUUUUGAUGAGUUUGUACAUUUAAAGAGCCAUGGAUUUGUCCUCGUCGGGUUAGUUCUGACUCUGUUUGGUUGUUUCCAAGAAAAAGUCAAUGCAACGUUUAAUCAAAUGCAAAUAUCUUGUCCCCCCUCUUCUGGAAAAACAACGUCUUUCAUUGUCCUGUGUCGCUGGUGCCUUAGUUUUAAAAACUAUUAUUUCACUUUUGAAUCACACACUAACUUUAAACCUUCGUGUCCUGGUUUUGCUGCAGGAGUCGAUUGUUGACCUUUUGUUUGUGUGCGUGCGUUAAUUAAUUAAUGUUCCCAUUAGUUUUAAUUAAUAUGUCGUUAUUGGGCCCAACCCUUAUUGUUAUCAGCCACAACGUUAUGACCACAGACGGGUGAUGACGCUGAUUAUUUCGGGACAUUUUCGUCCUCGAGGCUGGAUUUUUGGAUUUUAGCGAGUUGCUUUUGAAAAACUAAAUGACUGGAGCAUCGACAGAUCUGCAGCUGUUGCUCGGUGUUUCCCGGCCGGCAGCCGUCACGGGUGGUUCACGGCUCACGGAUCUGACCCCUGUCUGCUGCUGAACGGUCACGUGAGCAUCAGAACCACGGAAGCAAUGGAGGAAAGUUCGCCUGGUGAACGAAGCACAUUUCCUUUGGCUUAUCUGGGCGACGCCUCCUCGCUGGUUACCGUGGAGAUGGGUUGCGAGAAAUGUUGAGGUGGUGCUCUGUCUGGAAGUAACGGCCACAUAAAUGCCAGGAUGCGUCGUUAAUGUCGCUCCCUUCACCCGUUUGUGGUUUUAAUGUUGAGGCCGUAACUUGAGAUUUAAAAUGACACCGUUCUGUGGAUGUUCUCAUUAAUUUUUCAUGUGCGUUACCUUUUGUGCUUCCUUAAACUCCCCCUUUUUUAAAUAUAAUUUUUAAGUAGCCACACUGGAUGUCACGGCUAAAGUCCUUCAAACAAAUCAAAGUUAAUCAGCAAUACUUACGCUUGAUGUGUUCCCUCAGUACAGCAUGUUGUCUUGAUGAACACACACACACACACACACUCUGAAAUCUCUGCAGACUGUUUUUUUUUUGUUUGUUUUUUUUAAUAGAAAAUGUUCUUGUUCCAUUUGUUGCUGCAGCACUUGUUGUGUAUGAGACGAGACCAAAUACCAGUGGUAUGAGUAGUUUAGAUUGUGAAAGACGGUUUUCAUUUGCUUAUUUUAAACUUCUUGAUGCUUCCACUGAGAUGAAAGCUGUUCGUCACUACAUAUUCGCCUUUUAUCGUUGUUAUGGGUGCAUGUGCUUCCAUGAUGUGUAUGUAACCACUAAAGGUUUAAUUAUUCUUGUUUUUUUUUUGUUUAGUUUUAAUAUUUAAUAUUCUGUGACUGAAAAAUUAAAGUUUGGGGGAAAAUGCUUCA